AUGUCCUGGAGCUCCGACGGUGAACUCCUCUUUUCAUCGGGUGACGACACACGACUCCUAGUCUGGAAGCACGACCCGCGCCAUGAACUUGCGCAACCUCUGCCACUAGACGCACAGGACAACUGCCUGAAUCUUCGCUGUGUUAACGCGAUCAAGACGGGUCACACAAAUAAUGUAUUCGCUGCGAAACAGUUAGCGCCGAAUUCAUCCUUGGUCGGAACAUGUGCAAGAGACUCCACUGUACGGGUAUUCGACAUUGAGAGGGCGGGCGGUACCAAUAUGCCUAACCGCGGGUAUGGGCGGAACGAAGCUGGAGCAGAGGCGAGAUUACAUUUGUUUAAGUGCCACACGAAGGAAGUGAAACGAAUUGCAACGGAGCAAAGUCAGAGCACCUUUCUAACGGUCGCAGGAGACCGUACGGGACAUCUCUUUGACCGCCGUAUGGUGGGUAGGGAUCUCAAGGAUGAACGUGGGGAUACUGGCGUAAAAGGUCAAGAUUUAGUGGCUUGUGUUGCCCGAUUUGGAAGAGACGCUGAACGAGAAGCGCACGAUCGUGGUGCGCAUGUAACCGGCGCCCGGAUGGCUAGGUCGAAUGGAGAUGAGGCGAGUUUUACGUUCUAUUGUGUGCGUCUCUUGUCAGCGUCGGGUCUGUGUAAUCAAACUCAUGCUUUUGUAAACCCAGCGUAUUCAGGGGAUGCUGUCUACCGAUACUCUAUCUAUGAUACACCGUCCGAGUCUACUCCAAGACAAACGUCGAUUGUUCCGAACAACGACUCUCUGGAACGUCGAGAUGCUAACAGCGCCCGGUUAAAGUCUUCAGAGUCCAGUACUUGCGGAUCGACAAAUGACGACGAAGAGUCGAAUCAAAACCCCGAAGAGGAAUCUGAAGAGGAAUAUGACAGCUCAGAUGAAGACGACGAAGAAAUGCCAUUGCAAAGUGGAAGCUCUUACGGAAAUCAUGCUAUUAUACUUCCCAGAAGCGAGUAUAGGGGCGCAGCCAAUGUACGGACGGUAAAGGACGUCAACUUUCUGGGUAAAAGUGACGAGUUUGUUACUUCUGGCUCAGAUGAUGGAAACUGGUUUUUAUGGAACAAGAAGAGUGGUCGAUUAUUGGGAAUCUGGGAGGGUGAUGGAAGCGUAGUGAAUGUAAUUGAAGGUCAUCCUUUCUUACCGAUAGUCGCGGUUAGCGGCAUCGAUGAUACUAUUAAAAUAUUCGAACCCAAAGCUGGGAACAAGAGAAAGAGCCAUAUUCAAAACUCGGAUGACAUAUUGCAGCAAAAUGCAGAGUCGAACGAACACCCGUCGUUGUUUGGCCGAGCGGAAAUGAUUGCUACCCUUCGAAUGUUACAAGCGACAGGUCGUAUCCCUGACUUGGCCGAAGGGAUAGAAUGUCCUACACAAUAA